GAAGCCUAAGCAAUUCUGUAAAGGUAAAAAGAGUACUGCAUUUGUUUUCGUUUAGGCAUUCAUAAACUUUUAGCAUUGAAAAAGAAAGUGAAGACUUAAGAGUUGUGGUCCGCCGUCGGCAACGCCGCCGGGCAGUAGAGCGGUUGGGGUUGAGAGAGAAAGCGUGUUUGUGUAUUGAUAAAUAUGGGCGACGGCGACAAAGAGUUGAGAGUGGUGGAUGGCGGGCAAUACCUUGGUGAAAUCUCGGCUUUGUGCUUCCUUCACGUCCCCUCUCAUUUCUCUUCUCUUCCUUAUCUUCUUGCUGGAUCAGGAUCACAAAUAAUACUUUUUGAUGUAAAUCUUGGUCGACAAAUAAAAUCAUUUUGCGUGUUUGAAGGAGUUCGUGUUCAUGGGAUUGCUUCUAUGUUAAUGAAUUGCAAGGACAAUGCCUUGUCUCAAUCUGUUACUUUUAAAGUUGUUAUUUCAGGGGAGAGGAGAGUGAAAUUGUAUAGCUUGCACCUUCAGCUGGGGUCAAAGUCUCUUGAUAAAUCUGAUGUUUCAAUAGAUCUGACUUUUAUACAGUUGCUGCCAAGAUUUACACACUGGGUCCUGGAUUUUUGUUUCUUAAAGGAUGGUUUAUCUUCUUCUGAAGAGGGAUGUCAUUAUCUUGCAGUUGGAUGUAAUGAUAAUUCUGUUCAUAUAUGGGAUGUCUUGACACCACAAUUGAUCUUUGAAGUUAUAUGUCCAGAGAGGUGCCUUCUGUACUCUAUGAAGUUCUGGGGUCAUGAUUUUAGAGCUCUCCUUAUUGCCUCUGGUACUAUUUUUAAUGAGAUUGUUGUAUGGAAAUUGGUUCGUCAACAUAGGACACAACCUCCAACAAAUGCUGGUCAAGACCUUGUUGUGAUGAGCUUAUCUGAAGCUAAUUGUCCUCUUGAUUGUUUCUACUAUAAAGUUGAGAUUAUUUCUAAACUUGCUGGCCACCAGGGUUCUAUAUUUUGCCUAUCAUGGUCUAGUGAUGGAUCCAAACUGGUUUCUGUGUCUGAUGACCGUAGUGCUCGAAUUUGGAUUACCACUGCUGAAAUGAACAUGACUGAUGAUUUGACCAAAUUGCAUGGCCAUUACUUGGCUGGUCCUGGGCUGUUUGGUCAUGGUGCGAGGAUCUGGGAUUGCUACAUAUCUGACUCAUUUAUUGUCACUGCUGGAGAGGACUGUUCAUGCCGUGUAUGGGGAUUGGAUGGAAAAGAGCUAAGAGUUAUCAAGGAGCAUAUAGGGAGGGGAAUAUGGAGAUGUAUCUAUGAUCCUGACACUUCCCUUCUUGUUACUGCUGGGUUUGAUUCUGCAAUCAAAGUCCACUGUCUGCAUUCUUCGUUAUCUGCAUUCUCUGGUGAAUUUAUCAAAGAGGUCAAGGAAAGAAAAGAAGAGGUCUUCAGACUUUGCAUUCCAAAUUCAUCAGGUCAUAGUGUCCUUAUGGACAGCAAGAGCGAAUAUGUACGUUGUUUGAAAUUCGCCCGCAAGAAUAUGAUCUAUGUUGCUACGAACCAUGGUUAUGUAUACCAUGCUAAUCUAUCCGAGAGUGGAUCUGUGCAUUGGACUGAACUUAUCAAAAUAACUGAGGAGAUACCAGUUAUCUGCAUGGAUUUGUUGUCCCAAAAUCUGUCUGAGCCGUCUUUUAAAGUUGAGGAUUGGAUUGCUGUUGGUGAUGGUAGGGGAACCAUGAAAGUCAUCAAAGUCAUAUUUAGUGAUGGUACUCCUCAAGUGGCUGUCAGAAUAUCGUGGUCUGCGGAAAAGGAAAGGCAGCUCUUAGGAGUGUAUUGGUGCAAGUCAAUUGGAUGUGGGUUUAUUUUCACAUCUAACCCUAGGGGUUUUGUGAGGUUAUGGAGGCUGUCUGAUUCUUUAUCUCAUGAUGUUGUGAAAAGUUUUGAUGCCUGUCUAGUUGCAGAAUUCAUUUCACCUUUUGGUGCAAGGAUAAUGUGUCUAGAUGCCUCAUUUGAGGAAGAGGUAUUAGUUUGCGGGGAUUUGCGUGGUAAUCUUGUUUUGUUCCCUUUGUCAAAGAGGAUUCUGCUUGAUAGUUCCAUACUCUUUAUUGAGAAGACUCCUUCAACAUAUUUCAAAGGAGCUCAUGGGAUAUCUACUGUCUGCAGCAUAUCAUUAGUCAGACUCACCACUGGAUUGGUUGAAGUUUGCUCGACUGGAGGUGAUGGGUGCAUAUGCUAUCUGGAAUAUAAUAGAGACCAACCAACUGUAGAAUUUGUGGGAAUGAGACAUAUUAAAGAAUUAAGCCUCGUUCAGUCCGUGUCUGCUCAUUAUUCCCUGGAUGAUUCAGAAAAUAUCAGCUAUGCCGUUGGUUUCUCAUCAACGGACUUUUUGAUAUGGAAUUUACUCUCUGAAACUAAGGUACUGCAAGCUAAAUGUGGGGGAUGGCGUCGUCCUCAUUCUUAUUAUCUUGGCCAGACACCUGAAAUCUGCAGUGGUUUUGCAUAUGUUAAGGAUGAGAUCAUCUAUGUUCAUAGAUACUGGGUACCAGAUGGUGAAAAUAAGAUAUUUUUGCGCAACUUGCACUUACAAUUCCAUGGGAGAGAGAUUCACUCCUUAUGUUUUAUCCCUGAAGAUGUUCAAUGUGCAACUCCUAAAAUUAGCUGGGUUGCUACUGGGUGUGAAGAUGGUACCGUGAGAUUGACUAGGUAUAAUCAUGGUACUAGUAAUUGGGCUAUGUCCAAUUUACUCGGGGAACAUGUUGGAGGGUCAGCUGUAAGAUCAUUAUGUUUUGUGUCAAACCUACAUUCGGCAGAAGCUAAAGUGGUUGAAGGAACUAAUGGGACUGGUGGAACAAUUAAUUCCUUGGGGAACUGUGAGAUUCCAUGCUUACUAAUUUCUGUUGGUGCUAAACGGGUGCUAACUUCAUGGUUAUUAAGGAAAAGACAAAAAAUUGAGGGAGAUACAUCUGUUGAUGGCCUAGUGAACGAAUAUGGGAGCCAUAAGUCUUCACCAAUAGACAUGCCUUCAGUGUCGUUCAAGUGGCUGUCUUCUGACAUGCCUGUUAAAAGUGUUCGUACUAAAAAAAAGGCUCAAAAUAGUGGAAACUUACCUAGACCAUCAGAUGAAGUUUCUAGUUCUGACUCUGUUUCAGCCUCUAUGGAGAUGGAGCUAAUGCAACAUGGAGAUUCACAUGAUAAUGAUUGGAGAUAUCUGGCUGUUACUGCUUUUCUCGUUAAUGUUGCCAAUUCAAGGUUUACUGUCUGUUUUGUUGUUGUUGCUUGCUCUGAUGCUACUCUAAUGCUGCGGGCACUUGUUCUUCCGUAUCGGUAUUGGUUUGAUGUUGCAUCGUUGGCUCCCCUUUCAUCGCCUGUUCUGGCUUUACAGCAUGCUGUAGCUCCUCUUUGCCAACUUUAUCAAGGUAAAAUGGUGACAAAGAACAUAUAUAUCAUAAUUAGUGGAUCAACUGAUGGAAGUAUUGCCUUCUGGGAUGUUACUAAAAGUAUCGAAGCAUUUAUGCAGCGAGUAUCAUCACUUCACAUGAAGAACUCUAUUGAUUUUCAAAAACGACCACGCACUGGUAGAGGAAGCCAAGGUGGUCGAUGGUGGAAAUCUGUUGAUGCAGCUCUAAAUGCUAAAGAAAAACCUACGGAAUCUAUGGCAUUGAAAGACAAUAUUGUCUCUAGUGACAAAGCUGUUGUUGAUGAAUUACCAGAAGCAAUGGUCUUGAAGGGCGAGAAUAAAUCUUCUGAGCAUAUAGAAAUAACUUCCUCUAAAUCUGGGGAAAGUUUUGAAGAUUCUUGUGAAAGGUUAUUUGAAAUAAAACCAUUACAUAUCUUGCGUAGUAUUCACCAGUCUGGUGUCAAUUGUCUGCACCUUUGUUGUCAAAAUCUUGGAAAUAGUAUGGCAUACAACAUUGUAAGUGGGGGGGAUGAUCAGGCACUUAGUUAUCUUCAAUUUGUUGUGGAUCCAUCUUCGUCAAGAUCAAAGUUGGGCCAUAUUGGAAAAGAAGGUGAUACAAUAUCAAAGCUAGGUAGCCCAGAACACACUAUCCAGUAUGACUCAAAUCAAAGCUAUUCUAUCAAAUUCUUGUAUCAGAACAAAGCCAUAGCAGCUCAUAGUUCUGCUGUAAAAGGUGUAUGGACAGAUGGAAUCUGGAUAUUCUCUACCGGUCUUGAUCAAAGAGUAAGGUGCUGGAAUAUUCAAGAGCAUGGCAAUCUAGCUGAGCACUGUCAUUUCAUAACUAGUGUACCAGAGCCAGAAGCCUUAGAUGUCACAGCCUGUGGAGGGAACUGUUAUCAGGUUGUUGUAGCUGGUAGAGGAAUGCAAAUGAUUGAGUUCUCUUUAAAUGAUUGCACUGCCCCUUGAGAUCUAUUCUUAAAGCGCUAAAUUGUCUUCGGGGAAUUCAUCGUAGAGGUAAAAUGGCUUCUUCCUCAUAUUGAUUUUUCCAUUGCUUUGGACAACUACUGAUGGUUCUACCCUUGAAAUUAAGGGGAGUAGGGUUUGCCUUGUCUGUGUAUGGGGAUGAGAGAAUAAUGGUAGCCAUUGAAUUGUUGUUUUGAAGGGAAUUUUGUUUAUAGACAUUGUAUACCAUUAGAAUAAAGCUUGA